GGGCGCUGGGAACCACGCUGCAGCCCCGGAGUGGCGGCGGCGGCGGCGGCGGCCGGGAGAUCGCUCCGGCGGCUGCUGCAGGGAGGGCGCCCCCGCCGCGCCUCGCCUUCAUGCCGCCAGCCCGGCUCCGCAGCCGGCUGCCCUGAGCCGCCCCAGCCAUGGGAGACGGCUGGCUCGCCCCAGAUUGCAGCCCCCCCAACCGGUCCAGCUCCCCGCCGCCCGUGCCCCCCAGCAGCGCCUCCACCCUGCCCUACCCGCCGGGCAGCAGGCAGCUGCCCCUGGAGCUGCCCUCCCACCAGUGGGCGGUGGGCAUGGGCAUGCUGAUGGCCGUGAUGGUGCUGCUGAUCGUGGUGGGCAACGCGCUGGUGAUCGCGGCCAUCGGGCGCACGCAGCGGCUGCAGACCCUCACCAACCUCUUCAUCACCUCGCUGGCCUGCGCCGACCUGGUGAUGGGCUCGCUGGUGGUGCCCUUCGGGGCCACGCUGGUGGUGCAGGGCCGCUGGCUCUGGGGCUCCUUCCUGUGCGAGUGCUGGACCUCGCUGGACGUGCUGUGCGUGACGGCCAGCAUCGAGACCCUGUGCGUCAUCGCCAUCGACCGCUACCUGGCCAUCACCUCGCCUUUCCGCUACCAGAGCCUCAUGACCAAGGGCCGGGCCAAGGGCAUCAUCUGCACCGUCUGGGCCAUCUCCGCCCUGGUCUCCUUCCUCCCCAUCAUGAUGCAUUGGUGGCGGGAUGGAGAUCCCCAGGCUCUGGAUUGCUACCAGGACCCCGGCUGCUGUGACUUCGUCACCAACAGGGCCUAUGCCAUCGCCUCCUCCAUUAUCUCCUUCUACAUCCCCCUGCUCAUCAUGAUCUUCGUGUACAUCAGAGUCUACCGGGAGGCCAAGGAACAGAUGAGGAAGAUAGACAGGUGCGAGGGCAGGUUCUACUGCAGCCACCCCCAGCCUCCUGCUCAGGCCCAAUCCCACCAUCAGCCCAUCCUGGGCAAUGGCAGAACCAGCAGGAGAAGGACCUCCAGGAUCCUGGCCUUGAAGGAGCAAAAAGCCCUCAAGACCUUGGGCAUUAUCAUGGGUGUCUUCACCCUCUGCUGGCUCCCCUUCUUCCUGGUCAAUGUGGUCAAGGUCUUCAACAGGGACCUGGUGCCAGACCAGCUCUUCGUCUUCUUCAACUGGCUGGGCUAUGCCAACUCGGCUUUCAACCCCAUCAUCUAUUGCCGCAGCCCUGACUUCCGCAAGGCCUUCAAGAGGCUGCUCUGCUGCCCCAGGAAAGCUGACAGGAGGUUGCACGCUAGUGCUGGGGAGCUCUCCCGGUAUCCAGGGAGCUUCAUCAAUACUUUGGGCACCCCAGAGCGCAGCCUCGAAGGGACGUGGUCCGAUUGCAAUGGGGGCACACAGGGAGGCAGUGACUCCAGCCUGGAGGAGAGGAAUAGCAAAAUUUCCUAUUCGGAAUCCAAGAUGAACAGUAAAAAUGAAUUCCUUGUAUCAACAAAUUACUGCACAUUUUUAAAAAACAGCAACAUAGCCAUUUUUUGCACAGUGUCAAGAAUUAUAAAAAGAAGAGGAGGACUUGUGGCACCUUAGAGACUAACACAUUUAUUUGAGCAUAAGCUUUCGUGAGCUAGUGAGCUGUAGCUCACAAAAGCUUAUGCUCAAAUAAAUGUGUUAGUCUCUAAGGUACUACAAGUCCUCCUUUUCUUUUUGCAAAUACAGACUAACACGGCUGCUACUCUGAAACCUGUCAAGAAUUGUAAAGUGAAUUAAAGAUGUUACUUGCACAAAAAGUCAAAUUACAAAUAAAACGGGGGUUAAAUAACGUCAAACCCCAGAUCUAUUUCUGUUCUUGUCUGCUAUGUUACGAUUUUACUGAGAGUUACUUUUUUAAUAUUACUUUAUCAAGGUACUGUACAUGUAUCUAUAUUAUAAAUUAAAGUAUCUUAAGGGUCUUUUUAUUUUUAUUUUUUAUGUCCAAGUGCCCACGUGAAUCUGCUGUUGUUUUAGCACUUGUGUGUCAUUUCCAUUUUCCCAUCUGUGUGUGUGUGUGUGUGUGUUUUAUAAUGUAUUUAUACUCUGGUGCAAUUUACUACUGUGUAAGUGAUCGGUCAAUGUGCAAUAAAUGUCAUUGCAUCACAA